GUUGACAUGGCCCGGACUCGAUAAUCGGACACCCUCCGUCACCGACUCCACGGGGCCGGACGCUCGCUAUCUGUCCGUUUAGCGAGUGACUCGUGGCGGAGGGGCCCGGCGCGGAGAGGGAGCGCGCUCGGCCGCGCUGGGCGGCUCGCGUCAGUCGCCGGGAGCCGAGGGACCAGGGGAGCACGGGGCGCCGAGAGGUCCGUGCGCGUGCCCCGGACAACGCUGCGGGAAGACACGAUAAGCUAGGUGCCAGCGGGAGUUCAGUCUUCGACCGGACCGGACUGGACUUAUAAACAUGGCUGCGUCACGGACCCUUCUGUUCGCCGUCGGAGCCUCUCUGCUCAUUUCAGCCGGCUGUGUUCUCAAGGAGAAGCGGCUGCACGCCGAUCUCCUGGCUGGGUACAAUCGUCAGACGCGUCCCGUGCUGAACGAAUCGGACACGGUUCAUCUGCAGAUGGGCCUCGGCUUGAUCGACUUUACCAUCGACCCCGUCUCCGAUGUCAUGGAAUCCCUUGUUUGGGUUCGGGCGAUGUGGGUGGAUGAAUACCUACGGUGGGAGCCGAGCGAAUACGAAGGUCUAACCAAGAGCUUCUUCAACCCCAAUCAAAUCUGGAUGCCCGAUAUUUGUCUGUAUAACGGUUGGGACGCCUCGUGUCACGUGAUGGCCAAGCUCUCGUCGAACGCGAUCGUCGACUCGAAGGGAGGCGUGCUGAUCGUGCCACCCGUACGGCUAUCGCACCGCUGCGAACUCGACCGCACCAACUGGCCCCGCGAUGUGGCCUCGUGUCGGCUCAAGUUUGGCUCGUGGACCUACGACGGUAACCGACUCAACGUCAGCUACUACGGCGGCAGUGCGGCUGCUGCUGCGGACAUCUCCGAUUUGGUCCAGUCGAGUGAGUGGGAGGUGGCCAACUUCACGGCCGAGCGAGAGGUCAAGUACUACGACUGCUGCCCGGAGGCCUAUCAUUCCAUCACGUUCAUGAUCACGGCGCGGAGGAACGAGCACCGCACCGCCGAGCUCUCCGUGCCCAUUGUCUGCUCGUCGGUCCUGAUGCUGCUGUCGUUCCUGAUCCCGGUUCAGUCGCCCCAGAAGCUGACGUUCUGCUGGGUGAGCGUGCUCAUCACCGUGCUGGGGCUCUUCAACAUGUUCAGUCGGAUGCCCAGUGACGCCCACGGCACUGCAUCCAUUGCGUCGUUUUACGUGGUGUUCGUGGUGCUGCUGCUGGUGUUCACGCUGCUGGAGGUGCUGGUGGUGCUGCUGAGCCGGCCGCGCAGCACGCCACUGCCCCGCUGUCUGCGCGCCUGUCUGUCCGGCCUGGUCGGCCGCCUGCUCUGUCUCGACACGCCCCUGUUCCACGACUACUCUCAGGAGGAUAACGAGAUGCUGGACGCGCCGCACGAGAACGGCGGCGAGAUGAAGCACAUGGUGAAGGACAUUGGCAAGACAUACGAGUGGGCGCUGCUGGCGGGAGCCGCCGACCGGCUGUGCGGCCUCGCCUUCCUCCUGAUUGUGGCUGUCAGCGUGCCGCCCAGCAUCACCUGGGCCUAGGGAGGCCCUACGCGGGCUGGGGGCAGCCCUACACGGGCUGGGGACGGCACUACCCCGGCUGGGAGGGGGAGGUAGUCUCACCUGGGCCCAGGGAGGCCCUGUGCGAGUUGGGGGCGGUCCUACACGGGCCUAUGGCGGCCCUACAUGGGUUGGGGCGACCCUGCCUGGGCCUAGGGUUGCCUUACGUGGGCUGGGAGUGACGACUACGGGGCUCAGGGAGGCGUUAUACGCGUUCGGGGCGGUCCUGUGUCGGGCUGGUUUCGCUCCACACAGGUAUCUUGCGGCCAUUUACGGACCUAAGACGGUCCUUCGUGUUCUGGCGGAUGCCUUACAUCGGCCUAGGGUAGCCGUGCACGAGCUCAGGGCUGUCGUAAGUGGGUCCAGGCAGCCUUACACUAACCUAAGGUGACCCAUGUGAACUUAGGGCGGUCCUGUGCAUGUCUGGGUGCGCCCUGGACUGGCCUGUGGAGCGGCCCAGUAGCAAGUGCGGUACGACAGAGCGGACCCUAGACCGACGACCUACUCUGACCCAGGAAUACUUCAUACAGACGUAGUUGGCCUCCCCUCCCUCGCUGCUAGCUCGUGUUACGAUGAUCUUAAUGCAUAUCAGUUUGACCCAAGGGCAUUCCGAGGCAUUAUAUGAACUGAGUUCUAUUUCAGCGCAAUGCUAGACAUUUGGAGGGCUAUUCGAUUCUGUUUUACUUGCGGUGACUUCUGACAGUUUGUACGAUAAAGUUUUGAAAAAUGAAUGAUAGGUUGAUAUGUCGCUAAAUACCGAAAUAGUGGAAAUGCUGCGAGUGAACGUAAAUGUAUCCGUAGCGUGUCCAGUGUCCUCUGUAUUUUACUCUUGGAAAAUAACAUCCUGAGUGACAAAGUCGCUGGAACGAGUAGAUAAAAGAGUCACCAGAAUGGCCAAGAUGGUUUACAUUCUUACCAUUUUCAUAUUCAUUAUAAACGCUGACACUAUAAAUAUGCGGUGUUAGCUCGUUCGGAUGCGUCCUCACUCAUUGAUAGGUCCCAUGUAAUAGCGUGCAUGAUAUUAUUUCGUUCCCUCACCACGUACUCAUCAGGCUUAGUUGCAUGCGCAUGAGGUACCAUAGCGUACGUUCAUUGUAUAGCGUUAUACCAGGGUUACAUCAGGGAGCACUGGCGGAUCCAGGGGGGGGCAUUAGGGGCAUAUGCCCCCCCCGACAGGAGCCUGGGGAGGGCAUUCAGUACAAGUAUGCCCCCCCCCCCCGUUCAGACUUACACUUCUUACGCCUAUAACGAGGAACUAAAUAAAAAUGGUUUAGAAAGCCUUCCUAGUAACUACUUUUGUGAUCAGAGUCGUUUUAGUCAGCGGCGCGAGAACUUCUUCCAGACUGGGGGGGCUGAACCAUAAUAGAGAUCAACCUAGGGUACCCCCAAAUCUAGUUUUCUCACCGGUUUUAGGCCACUUAUUUUUCAGACUUUGGUCUUUUCAACAACAACAACAAAAAAAAAAACGAAAAAAUGCAAAAAGUGAGUCAUUCAGUCUCAGCUGAGUGAAGAAACUACCGUUCUGGCAACCUGGAGUAAAGGUUUUAAUCUGUCAAAUGAGUUGCCGAGCCAGUGAAAGAGGUGGAUUUUUCACUUACAUGCUUUCUUCCUAUGUGACCCACAACCCCUAAUUUGGGAAGGACAAGCUGCCCAACGGUUCCUGGCCUCAUGAAAAGUUGUGUGGACCGCCCCCACGGCCGCAGAAUUGUGGGGACAAGCUUCCCCCAUUGCCCCCUCCCCCGGUUCCCGCGCCUAUGUAUGAAUCUAUGAAAUUAGGUAUGUUGGUAGAUUUCCGAUUUCGAUUCCUCCAGCUGGGGGGGGGAGGCUCAAAUACAUUACGAGCCCCCCCCAGCUUUUCGGCUGGGGGGCUCAGCCCCCGCUAGUCCCCCCCUCCCGGUUCCCGUGCCACUGGUUUUAGUAACCUCAAUUUAGUUGUCAUUGCUUUAUUUUGUCUAAAAAUAUGCUGCUUCUUAGUUCUAACCACAGGGAGUCAUGCCGCUUCAACCCUUUUGACCGUAUUGUCUAACGAUGGCACUCAUAUUGCGCAAAUCAUGCAGGAAUCGGCCGCCGCCUAUGGUUGGGAAUAGGGAUGGUUAGAAUAUGAUUUACCUGUAUGGCCGCACCAGUGCAGCAUAACCAGGGGGGGGGGGCACAAGGGGCGCGUGCCGCCUCAUUAGAUGCAUGGUGCCCUAUGGGCCCGAGAGACCCUGCAGUGCCAAUUGGCCGCUCAGGGUCCAAGCGUGCCUUAUUUCGACUGAGAUAAGACCCGCAGGCCUCGUGAGGGCACCUCACAGAGUCACGGGCUCCUGAGUCACAUCACACAUCACACAUCUCCAUAAGGGCCCCACUCCGGCUUCUGAGGGCCCUGUGCUGGCCUCUGAGUGACCUUGCUGACCUAUUAAGCGUCAGCUCUAAUUAGGGUCCUGGCCCAUACCCGCAUGGAACGGCUCCACAGUUCCACACCAGUGUCUCUGAGGGCCCAUAACGGCGCCUGUGAGGGUCUUACACCAGCGCCUUUGAGGGCCCAACACCGCCAAUCUGAGGGACUAACACCAAUAUUUCUCAAGGCCCUACUUCGGCGGCGGCUCUGAGGGCCCCACACUGGCGCCUCUGAAGGUCUUUCACAGGCGCAUCUGACGGCUACCUACCUGCACUCUGUGGGCCCCACACUGGUGAGUCUGAGGGCUCCCAGUGACGCCUGAGAGUACCACGCCGGUCUCCAGAAUCCCGCAAGGCUCCUGAAACCCUCUGCUGGCCCUUGCUGGUCUCUUGAAGACCCCUUGCCCCCAUGCAUGUGUCUCUGAGGAGUGAGGACUCCCACAACGAUGCCUUUGAAAGUCUUCACCGGCGACUGUGAGGGCACCACACAGACGCGUCUGAGGGCCUUACACCGCCACCUCUGAGACACCAGUGUCUCCUGAGGCCCACAUCGGCGACUCUCAGGGUCCCACACCGGCGCCUCUGGGGCCUCACACCAGUGCCUCUGGCAGCCAGCCACCGGUAACUCUGUAGGUCCUACACCGGUGACUAUGAGGGCCCCACCGGCGUCUGAGAGUACCAUGCCGAUCUCUAAGGAUUCCACAGGGCUCCUGAAGACACUUGCCGGCCUGUGAAGGCCCAUUGUUGACAUCAUACGGCCUGUUACCGGCCUCUGAGGGCCCUUUGUCGGUCUCUGAGAGGUCCUACUGGGUUAUUAAGCAUUCGCAUUUCGCACCAACAACUCCAAGGGCCCCACAUGCAGCCAUCUGUGAAUGGUGUGGGCUUAGCGCCACACCAGUGUCUGAGGCACCACAACGACGUCCAUGUGAGGGCCUCACACCAGCACCUUAGAGGGCCCACACGGGCUCCUUUGUGGUUCCUGCGCCAGUGCCUCUGAGGGCCCCACACCACUGCCUCUGGGGAACCCACACCGAUACCUUUGAUGGUCCCACGCUAGCACCUCUUAAGGUUCCACACCGGCGGCCCUGGGUCGGCUCUAUACACCAGUCAUUCUGAGGGGCUGAGGGCCCCAACGGCCCCACCAAUUUUCGUCGAUUUCUGGCGCUGCCCGGGUAUUUGUCCCAAAUGCCUCCUCCUGGAUCUGCCAAUGGGGGUCAGGUGUCAUACCAUUUCUGUUUUUUUUUUUUAGAAAAAAAAACUCGUGUCAGGGCUAUGACGAAAAAUAAGUGGCCUAAAUCCGAUGAGAAAACAGGAUUUGGGGGUACCCUAGGUUUGGCUCCGUGACCUGGUAUGCCCCCCCCGCGCUGAACCCCUGGAUCCGCCAGUGUCAGGGAGACAGACUCUGCGACGCGUCCGAAAAGUAACUCGCAUGUUAGACACUAACGACAUUGCUACGAAGAACAUCAAGGAUAGGGCUAGCUCAGUUAUUUUUCCCGCUGUUUAACUACGUUGGUUGUGUUCUGUAGUUUCCAGGAACUUCACUAACGUUGCGGCUGUAUAUAUGGCUGGGUGUUCUGUGCCGUGACACCCCAAUCGUGGUCAGGACAGGUCAGCUCACGUUGCGGCCUGUCUUUCUGUGUGAGCUGUCUUCAGCGUGUGUAGACAGUAAGCGUCCAAAUGUGAAGCUGAUCAAUUGUACGGGACCAAGUGACUCCUUAGCCAGACGUGCUCGUGUGUACCGCUCCAAUACAAUACAAUUCGAUAUAAUACGGUA